AUGCGCACGGAUUAUGAAUUUGUGGGUACGGAUUCAAAAACCGAAGAUGGAUGGAAGUGCCAUCAAUCCAGUCUUUACUUCAUAUCCUCUGAGAUGAAGAGCUGGACUGAGAGCAGAAGAUACUGUACAGAGAGAGCAGCAGAUCUGGUCAUCAUAAACAACAUAGAGGAACAAGAUUUUGUGAAGAACAUUUCUGGUGUUGCUAAUGUCUGGAUUGGUCUGACUGACACUGAUGUGGAGGGCACAUGGAAAUGGGUUGAUGGCAGCAAUAUGACCUCUGGGUUCUGGGAGACUGGACAACCGAAUACAGAAGAGGAAGACUGUGCUCUAACUCAUUCACCAGGAUGGGCUGAUUUUCCAUGUGGUUUUACGUUCAAAUGGAUCUGUGAGAAGAGUAUUUUUAAAUGA